AUUCAUGAUAUAAUACAACCACUGCUGGCCCACUGCUUGCCUCGUGUUCAAACCCUUGUCAACUUGCAAUGUCCUUCAACAGCUUCAUGAACCGUUCCAGUAUUCGUGGUUUCUUUGCGGCUGUGUUCCGUCCUUUCAUGAAUUCUCCUUCUGAUGCCCCCGCCGUGUUCACGUUGGGCGAUAGUAAGAAUGACGUAGGACAAUGGCAGAUGCUCAUCCGGAGCAACGAGCUAUCUUCGCAAUGCCAGCUUGAACGCGUCGUCCACUGCAAAUGCACUAGCGACAAAGAACACGAAUUUUUACUCCUUCAUUUUCGUCAUCCCAUACAACAGCACGCCGUCGCGAUAUUGGUUCUAGACCGAACCCCAUGCACAGACUCUACAGAGAACAACAACGGCUCGUCAAGAUGUAUGCAGUCGUCAUACAUAGUCUCUCCAUCAGUUUCUCCGACCCCUGCUCACGAUUCCAUCUUCACUACCUCAAAUAGCGGUUCUGCUAUCAAAUCCUAUCUAUCCAGAACAUAUGGCCCGUUCAAGAAGCUUUGUUACCUCGACUUCCCCGCCUCCGCUCGCCCUUCGGCAAUUCAAGUAUCCGUGCUCCUGUCCGCUCUCAGUAAGCAAUCUCCGUCAUACCACCUGUACCAGUACCAGUGUCACUGGUAUGCCCAUACCGUCUGGGAGGCCCUCAAAAGGCUCUUCCCAGAUUGCCACGAGAUAACGAGGAGCGAUGGGCGCUCCUCUCAUCUCGGGGUCAAGAUCGAGAAGGCAGACAGCGUGGAGGUAAUGUGUGAGCAGUAUCACACCCAGUGGGCGCGCAUUGAGAAUGCGGCGGAAGAGAGGAGGAGAGCAAAGGAAGAUGAAGUACGGCAGUUGCGGAUGGAAGUACGGGCUCAAUAUCAAGCGGAGAUCGACCAAGCAGUGAGGAGAGCAGAGGAGGCGGAACGGAAGGCAGAGGAGGCGGAACGGAAGGCAGAGAAGGCGGAACGGAGAGCAGAGGAGGCGGAACGGAAGGCAGAAGAGGCGGAACGGAGAGCAGAGGAGGCGGAACAGAAAGCAGAGGAGGCGGAAAGGAAAGCAGAGGAACGGGUUAGGGCUGAGUGGCAAGCAGAAAUGGACCGAAUGCGAGCCCAACUCGAGCGCCAGGCAGUGUGA